CUACUGCGGGUGGGAUCUAGAGGCUGAGCUGGAAUGAAUGGAAACGAUAAAGUAUUGGAUUGCUAGAGGGGAUGUGGAGGAGAGGAGGCGAAGGGCAGAGGGACUUCCUCUUCCGGUUGACCCACGGGGAGGACAAUGGCGUCGGCGGAGCCUCUUGUGCUGCUUGGAGGAUGGAAGCGGCUCCUGGGAGACAAAGAGGAUGGCAAGAAGAGCACGCUGGACAACAGAGAAUGAGAAGCAUCAUUAAAAUGCAAAACAAGCCAUCAAUCAACAUUUUUUCCCAUUUCCUCCAGAAAGUUUAAAAAUUCUUCUCUUUCCUCAACAGAUGAAAGACAAGGGAGAGAGUAAAAAGAAGAAAGUUUUGAGCUGGAAAAAAUAGAAUACGUGGAACUCAAGGAAACAUUAUAUGAGAAGUCAAGGAGAAUAAUUUCUAAAUAAAGAAAAGUGAGUGGGAAGAAAUAUGUUCCGUGGAUAGCCAAAACUGCCAGGCCUUUGAUGAAGGAAAGAGUGAACCAAACAACCACCAGGUAAGAGAUCAAAAAUAUUUUAGCCUCUUUAAGAAUUCAAGAAUAUCAAUGUUGGAAAAAACCCACCACAGACUGCCUAUUGUGGGAAAAACACAGAUUACAGAUCACAACUGAUAUGCAUGUGGAGAUCCAGCCAGGCAAAGGCUAUACAAAUGUUUGGAGAGAGACAAAAGCUUUACUUGGAACAGCUCCCUCAUGAUUCAUGGAAGGAGCCAUACCGGAGAGAAGCUCUAUCAUUGCUUCCAUUGUGACAAAAGAUUUAGCAUGCAAACCAAUUUGGUGAGACAGAAGAGGACUCACACUAGGGAGGAACUGUUUGAAUGUCCUGACUGUGGGAAAAGUUUCACUCAGAAUUCUGACCAGGUGAUACACCAGAGGAGUCACAUGAUAGAGAAACCAUAUGAAUGUCCGGAUAGUGGGAAAAGCUUCAAGCAGAAUUCCCACCUUGUGGAACAUCAGAGGACUCACACAGGAAAGAAACCAUAUGAGUGCCCAGAUUGUGGGAAAAGUUUCCAGCAGAAUUCCAAGCUGGUGAUACACCAGAGAACUCACACAGGAGAGAAACCGUACAAGUGCCCAGAUUGUGGGAAAGGUUUCAGUUGCAAUUCCGACCUGGUGAAACAUCAGAGGACUCACACAGGAGAGAAACCAUAUGAGUGUCUCUAUUGUGGGAAAAGUUUCAGUCAGAAAUCCAACCUGGUGAUACAUCAGAAAAACCACACAGGAGAGAAACCAUAUGAAUGUCCAGAUUGUGGGAAAUGUUUCCCACAUAACUCCAAGCUGGUGAUACACCAGAGAACUCACACAGGAGAGAAACCAUAUCAGUGUCCGGAUUGUGACAAAAGUUUCAAGCAGAAUUCCAAGUUGGUGGUACACCAGAGGAUACACACAGGAGAAAAACCAUAUGAAUGUCUGGAUUGUGGGAAAAGUUUCAGUCAGACAUCCAACCUGGUGGUACAUCAGAUGACUCACACAGGAGAGAAACCGUAUGAGUGUCAGUAUUGUGGGAAAAGUUUCAGUCAGAAAUCUAACCUGGUGAUACACCACAAAAACCACACAGGAGAGAAACCGUAUCAGUGUCCAGACUGUGGGAAACGUUUCCAGCAUAAUUCUAGGCUGGUAGUACACCACAGGACUCACACUGGAGAAAAACCUUAUCAGUGUCCGGAUUGUGGGAAAUGUUUCCAGGAGAAUUCCAAGCUGGUGGUACACCAGAGGACUCACACAGGAGAAAAACCGUAUGAGUGUCCGGAUUGUGGGAAGGAUUUCAGUACUAGGUCUAGCCUUAUAAAUCAUGUAAGGAUACACAUAGGGGAGUACUUCCAAUGCGACGAAAAAUUAAGCAUGACCACCAAUCUGCUAAGAUACAAGAGGAUUUACACAGAUGAGACACACUUUGAAUGUCCUAAUUGUGGGAAAAGUUUCACACACAACUCUGAUCUGGUGAUACACCAGAGGACUCACACGCAGGAGAAACCAUAUAUGUGUUCCGACUGUGGAAAAAGUUUCAAUUGGAUUUGUCGCCUGAAGAUACACCAGAGGACUCACAAAGGAGAAAAUCCAUAUCAGUGCCAAGAUUGUGGGAAAGAUUUCAGUCGGAAAUCUGACCUGGUGAAACAUCAGAGGACUCACACAGGAGAGAAACCAUGUAAAUGUUGUGACUGUGGCGAAAGUUUCAGUCAUAAUUCCUACCUGGUGAAACACCAGAGGACUCAUACGGGAGAGAAACCGUAUGAGUGUUCAGAUUGUGGGAAAGAUUUGAGUUGUAAUUCCGACCUGGUGAAACAUCAGAGGACUGACACAGGAGAGAAACCAUAUAAAUGUCAUUAUUGUGGGAAAAGUUUCAGUCAGAAUUCCUACUUGGUAAAACACCAGAGGACUCACACGCAAGAGAAACCCUAUGAGUGUUCAGAUUGUAGGAAAGGUUUCAGUUGCAAUUCCGCCCUGUUGAAACAUCAGAGGACUCACACAGGAGAGAAACCAUAUGAGUGUCUGCAGUGUGGGAAAAGGUUCAUUCAAAAUUCCAACCUUGUGCGACAUCACAGGACUCACACAGGAGAGAAACCAUAUAAGUGUCCAAAUUGUAAGAAAAGUUUCAGUCAGAAUUGUGACCUAGUGAUACACCAGGGGACUCACACACAAGAGAAGCCGUAUGAGUGUUCAGAUUGUAGGAAAUGUUUCAGUUGCAAUUCUGCCCUGUUGAAACAUCGGAGAACUCACACAGGAGAGAAACCAUAUAAAUGUCAUUGUGGGAAAAGUUUCGGUCAGAAUUCCGCCUUGGUGAAACACCAGAGGAUUCACACAGGAGAGAAACCAUAUAAAUGUCAGGAUUGUGGGAAAUGUUUUGGUCAGAAUUGUUACCUGUUGAUACACCAGAGAACUCACACAGGGAACAAACAGUAUCAGUGUGUGGAUUGUGGUAAAAGUUUCACUCGGAAUUCUAACCUGGUAAUACACCAGAGGACGCAUGGAGCAGAAAAAUUAUAUGAGUGUCUAUUUUGUGGGAAAAGUUUCAAUCAGACUGCCAACCUGCUGCAACACCAGAACACUCACACCGGAGAAAAACCAUAUGAGUGCCUGGAUUGUGGGAAAAGGUUCAGUUGGAAUUUCCAUCUAGUGAUACACCAGAAAACUCACACAGAUGUAAAACUGUAUGAGUGUCCACAAUGUGGGAAAAGUUUCAAUUGCAAGUCUGAACUGGUGAAGCACCAAAAGACUCAUCAAGGAGAGAGACUGUAUGAGUGUCCAGCUUGUGGGAAAAGUUUCCUUCGGAAUUCUAAGCUGUUGACACACCUGAGAACUCACACAGGGGAGAAACCCUUUGAAUGUCCUGAUUGUGGGAAAAGUUUCAGUCAGAAAGCUAACCUAGUGGUACACCAGGGAACUCACACAGGAGAAAAACCCUAUCAGUGUCCAGAUUGUGGGAAAUGUUUCCAGCAUAAUUCCAAGCUAGUGGUACACCAGAGGAGUCACACAGGAGAAAAACCAUAUGAGUGUCCAGAUUGUGGGAAGGAUUUCAGUACUAGGUCUAGCCUUAUAAAUCAUGUAAGGAUACACAUAGGGGAGUAAGCAUUCCAGUUCCCAGAUUGCAGACAAAUAUUGUUUUGGACAACAUUGCUCCCUUGUCACACACAAGAAAUUGCACUUGAGGCAAAAUUUGAAGUGUGUAGAGGAAUCUUGAAUUUGGUUAAUUAUCUCUCAUUGGAAACCCAGCUGAGCAAUUUACCUUUUAAUUUCUUGUAUGAUUCUUUUUAGUGAAAAUUAGGAUAGGAUAGGAUAGGAUAGGAUAGUGUAGGGAUCCAUAUUAGGCAAUGUUUGCUGUCCUCACUUAUUUCUACAUAUAAUAAAAAAAGGAUAUAAAUAUGUAGAUAUUCGUGUAUUUUUAUUCAAUUACAAAAUGUAUAUGUAGCCUAACUUGACAAAUGUAUCUUGUCUUUUUAUGUACACUGAGAGCAUAUGCUCUCAGACAAAUUCCUUGUGUGUCCAAUCACACUUGGCCAAUAAAGAAUUCUAUCCUGUC